AUGAGAAGUAUGUCACAAACCGAAGAUAUACACGCAGUUCGCAUGAAGAGAGAUGGAAAGAAAGACAAAGGAGAUCAACGAGGCAGAACGAAGGGAUUAACUCAAGAACGUAAACAACCCGAACAAAAGCAGCCAAGCAUAUUAAAAUGCAAAUAUUGUGGCAAAACCCAUCAGCGGAUCAAAGACGAGUGUCCAGCGUGGGGAAAGGAGUGCUUAAAGUGCAACAAGGCAAAUCAUUUUGCGUCGCAAUGUCGAAGUAAACAAGGCUCAGAGAAAGGAAACAUUCAUGGGGUCGGCGAGCUGUUUGAGAGUGAGGAUGAAGAAACUGAGUACGUAGAUUACGUUCUAACAGUUAAAGAAAAGUCAGUUAUGUCUGUCACAGAAAACAAGUUUCCCAAGAGAAUCUUUGCACUUAUGGUAUUUCAACGAUCCGAAGCUUAUGCACCUGAAAAAGACACAAACGACGUUGGUGAUGUUUAA